GCGACUGAGGACAGGGGGGCCCCGUAGUUGCCCUCAAGAGCAGAAGAUCGACGUCGAGGAGGAGCUGGCCAACGUGGUAGCCGUCAUCACGGAACUGCAGCCUCACGCGGAGAGCUGGAGAAAGAAGAUCAAGGAACAGGAGGACAUGCUGACGCAGCUGACCGGGAAAUGUCUUUUGGAGGCAGCGAGGCUGACGUACUUGUCUGCUCUCUCGCCCGGCCCGCGCUCCGCCCUCGCUGGCGUGUGGGAGGCCGACUUGAUGAGCAGGGGUCUUCUUGCGCCACAGCAGCCACAGCCGCAGCGGGGCCUUCGGUUGGUCUUGCGGGCUGGGGAGCUUCAGCAGGACGUCGACGAGGCCCUUCGGCAUCACGCCAACCGCGCCCCUCUUCUUAUCCUGCAGGAUCCCCAUCACUUGGUGGAGGAGUACGUCAGAGGUGGAGUUUGGGUGAAUGUGGAGUCGGGGUCGUGGAGGGAGGCGUUGGUGGAGAGACUGGCAGUCACGCCACGCACGCCGCUUUAUUUGCGUCUGCAACAUGCUGUGGCUUUGGACGUGGUGGCCUGCACACAGAAGCUGCUGCAGGACGGCGACGGAGGCCUACGGCUUCUCGUGGUGCUGGAUGACACGUGUUCCGAGGCGCCGUGUCCGCUCUGCGCCGCUCUUCCCGUCAUCGACCUCGCUCUCGAUGACCAGGGUAUCGUGCACCAGCUGGUCCAAACGGCUGUUAGAUGGCACGACCCACAGCUGGAGGAGGAAAUGGUGAAGACCGUGCAGGUGACGACGGCAGCGCGGCAGGGCAAGGAGGCCGCCGAAGGAGCGCUUGUCAGGGCGCUCAUACACGCCUCGAAGGCCACGUCCGCGGACGACCUCGACGCCUUCAUGGGCGAUCAGCACGGCAGGCGAGCAAGAGGAGCAGUUGGCAAAGGUAACGACGCGGGUGUCUGAGAGGUACCUGCGAAUGGCCGUUUUCGCCGGCCUCCUGUACCGAGUGGCCGAUGCCCUCGCCGCCCUGGACGUCAGCUAUAAUAUCCCGCUGCAUCUCCUGCACGAGAACCUUGCCUACAAGAUGGACGCAUUGGGCCAGGCUGCUCGGGCUAGGAGCGCAGAGAAAGACGCCGGCGCCGCCCUCCUCGAGAGCGACGGCCAGAGUAUGCUACAGGCCGUGACGGAAUCCGCCUUCGAGCUCUUGGACAUCCGGCUUCAGCUUAGCCACAGAGCCAUCGUCGCCGCCUGCUUCGCCCUGGCCCGCGCCAACCUGGACCAUCCGGACGAGGAUUACGUGCGGGCAUUCCUCGUGGGCGCAGAACCCGCCAGUCGCGUCUGGGAAGGCGUCGCGAAGAGCUCGAGGAGGCGUUCGGUGUCCGCGGCGGACGGGGAGGGGAAGGAGGAAGAGGAGGAGGAGAAGGAGAAGGAGGAGGGGGACAAGGACAAAGAGGAUGAAGAAGAACCCGGUUCUCUUGAGCAGGAAGAGGAGGAGCAAAAGGAAAUGAUGAUGGAAGAAUUCGAAGGUGAAGGUGAAGGGGAGGAGGAAGAGAGCAUCCCAGAAUGGAUUCCUGCACAGUGUGACCCUAAGGCGACUAGGGUCCUCGCGCGUCUGGCGGUCGCUUGCCCGAGCCUGUUUCCGCCGCCGCCCUGCCCCCUCGACGCCCAGGAUGCCGCCCACCUUCUGCGAUGGCUCGACAAGGCCACGCCCACUUGGCCUGAUGUCUUCCAGUGUUCCGGAAGUCUCAUGCAGGCGGCGCAGCAGGUGUUGAUAGCGCGCCAUCUACGACCUGACCUGCUGCCGGAGGCGAUAGAGACUCUGGUCCGGGAGACGCUGGGUCACGGGGCACUUGCGCCUCCUUCAGACGUGCUCUUCCAGGCUGUCUCUCAGCACGCGCGCGCGCGCAAGACGAAAAGGAGCGGUCUGAGUGACGUCAUUCAGGUGAGCGUCGGCCGCGGCGUCGACCCCGCGCGGCUGAUGACGGAGGCGGCGCGGAGGGCGGGGCUGGCCUCCUACAAGCUCACCUUUCUCUCCCUCGCCACGGCCUCGCACCAGGAACUGCGGCGCCGCGUGGUGAUGGCGGCGCGGCGCAGGACGUGGCUAGUGCUGCUCGACUGCGAGGUGGCACCUCACGCUCUCCCAUGCGCCCACGCCGCCCUCUCGGCCCUCCCUCGCACCCUCCCCACGCCCGCCGUUCUCUGCGUUGUGGCUGAUGGAUCCGAGUGCGCCAGGCGCCUGCAUUGCGCUGUCGUUGCCCAGAUUGAGCAUCCCCUUGGCCUCGCCUCCACCCUCGCUUCCUACCUGCCCGUCGCCCACGCCCACCACGAGUCGCACACCCACUCAACCGGAGCAUCUGAUUCCCUCUCUCAGGCGGCGACGCUGAUCGCCGCCUAUGCCCACUCUCUGCUCAGUGUCCGUGGGGAGUACAGAAGCCAGGGGUGGCACCGUCAGCCGAUGCUGCCGGAGACACUGCUGGUGGAGGCGCUGGAAGCCGCCAGGCACCACUCCGCGUCCAGCUCCUCCGCCAACCCGGCUUGGGACGUUCUGGCCAAACUCCUAUCCAAGAUAGUGUACGGGAGUGUGCUGUCAUCGAAUUUGGACCAGCUGGUGGUUGACAAACUCUUCAGUGACCAUCUGAACAGCCACGUUUUCCCAGCCAAAACGAGAUUCCGACACGCGGAUUCACAGCAGACAGAUACGACCACGGAGGGCACGAGGCAGACAAGCGAGUCGAGAGCAGAAACAGCGGAACUGCAGGAAGAGGACGAAGAGAGUCGAAGGGCGCCCGUGCUAUCUGUGCGCCCACAACAAGCCCGCGAGGGACCGAGCAAGAAUGCAAUAUUGCUGCACUCCUUCCCUGAGAAGGACCUCAGCCUAGACCUCGAGCUGCCGCCUCAGCUGGCUGUGGACUGUUUAAGCGAGGAGGCACAGGAACACGAGAGGGCUUUGCUGGGUGUCCACGAAGACGGUGGGAGACACAAGGAACAAGAGAAGCUGAUGAAGACCUUGGACGUGUUCGCCGAGGAGCCCACAGUGCGCGUGCCGGCGUGGGCGGUGCUAGCUAUGAUCUCGGAGCUCCGCGCCAGCCUGGCCGGUCCCGUAAGCAGCGGGCGGCACUGUGGACCAGGGAGAGGACCUGGAGACGCGGGCGUGGCAGCAGGAGGCACGUAUCUGGGACAGCACCCACGACUACGCCCACGGCCGCCUGAAACUCAUCAAGAGAUGGUGCGCAGCGGCUCCGUGCGCCCGUCUGCUGCGCUGCGGAUCCUGGCCGAUCUACUGCGGACAUGCGAGUUGGAGCCCGAAGUCGCGGCUUCACUAGCGGGCGUAGGCGCUGACGAGGGCGAGGUGCAGGCAGGCAAGGAGAAUAGGAUGCUAGUGGAAGCAGCGAGGACGGUGGUAGCGGCCACGAGGCGCGUCUGUGACGAGUGGCGGGCGAGGCAUCAGCACCUGCUCACUUGGGCAGAGCACGAGACACCCCCCACGAAGGUACACCUGGACCUCCUGGCGGAACCCGGAUGGUUCCUCACGCGGCUGCGAGAAGCCGUGUGCACGCGCGCCCAUUGGCCUCUGCAUGGCUCCCUCGUGCACGCGCGCCCGGUCACCCGCGUGCCCGCGGAACGCCCACAGCAGAUUUUAAAUGAUGAAAUUAAUGGUAACAAAAUGUAUCUGACAUCAUUUCCGAGGCUAAUCAUUCUUCUUGUCAUAACUAGGGCCACUUGUGACCCUCCCAAGAGCCAAGUUCGGUCUGCGGGCCACGAGUUUGACAACCCUGAUAUAAAUAAGAGAUUCUAG